AUGGACCCUCUCUCGAUUAUUGCCGGAACCGUGGGUGUAGCUGAUGUUUCAAUACGCAUCAUUACUUUUCUGGUAGACAUCAAAGAAGCCUCUGACAAGAUUCAAGAUGAAAUCACCAUUCUGAGUCAAGAAGUCAGCUCGCUGCUCGCGGUCAAUGAGUCGAUUGAGGACUUUUUUCACUCGAGACAUGAUCUGGGUACCUUUGAUGAGUCACUUGAAGAGGGAUCGCCUGCUGAGAAAUUAUGGAAAAACCUGGCCCAGCUCCUACAACAGAGCAGAGUCACCAUUGAGCAGCUCGAGGCAUUGCUGAGCGAGGUUGUCGGUAAAAAGGGCCAUCAAGUCACUGGAAAGAUUGACAGUCUUCGCAAAACAAUUCGGAGAAGAGGUCGAGAUGGCGACUACAUGCAAAUACGUCAACGUCUUGUCAAUUACCAGUCUGGCUUCCAAAUGCUUCUCAAUGCGCUGAACUUAUACUAUACAGUCAAGUCGCACCCCCCGAAAGAUCUUGCAGUGGGCAAUCUGUCGGAAAAUCUGAGACGUCAGAACAUCAAACUGCAAUCUAGAAUAGGGAAGCUUCGCCAAGAGCUCAGGCAGUCUUCCGAUUCAACUGAACUUCACGACUCUCUUGUUUCGGCAGACGCAGUGGCCUCUCUGAUUCGCUUCAACGAACACUUUUACACGCCUCAAAAUGUCAGCAGCUACUACACGGGUCGGCAGAAGCAGCUGGCUGAAUUGGCAUCUAUACUCGACGUCAGAGGAUCACGCCAACGUCAGAAACACCAAAAGCGCUUCAUCAUUACUGGUCUUGGUGGCUCUGGCAAGACUCAGUUUUGCUGCAAAUUUGCCCAGGAUAACAGAGAACACUUUUGGGGCAUAUUCUGGAUUGAUGGAAGCUCGUCCGAAAAUGCUCAGCACUCUUUUGCCAAGAUUGCCAAGAUUGGUGGACUUGAACCGAACGAAAAUGCUGCCAAGAAUUGGUUAUCCAGCCUGCAGCAUCCUUGGCUGCUCCUCAUAGAUAAUGCCGACGACCCAGAGAUGGAUCUGAUGCGGUGCUUUCCCGGGGGUGAGAGAGGCGUAAUUCUAAUCACAACUCGCAAUCCGACAAACAUACGAUAUGGGACAGAGGACAAAUUGUGUUUUCAUUUUGAAAAGCUAGAGGAAGAAGAGGCCAGUGACCUCCUUUUGGCGGCGGCCGCAUUUCCGCGCCCAUGGGGGAUACCAACCAAGAAGCAAGCUGUCAAAAUUGCUCAGGUCCUGGGAUACCUACCCCUCGCGCUGAUUCACGCCGGCAAGGCCAUUUUGGAGAAACUGUGCUCCCUCGCCGAUUAUACCGAAUACUACGAGAGAUCUUGGAACAAGAUUCGUCGCAAUCGAAGCCGAAGCCCCUCACGGGGUCGUGAGGUCGACAACACAUCUAGCAUGUGCGUCUAUUCAUCAUAUGAGAUGAUAUAUGUUGGUCUUGAAAGUAAGCAAGACCAACGUUCAAAAGAUGCCCUCCAGCUAUUGAAGAUUUUCUCAUUUUUCCACCGAGAGAAUAUUGAGCUUGACUUGCUGAAAACUGCAGCCAUGAAUCCCCGCCGGGAGCGGGAAGAUGCGCAGGCCAAGGAACCAGACGACUCUGUACAUUCACAAGGUUUUACUGGCCCCAGGGACUGGCGCUCUCUACUUCAUGCAUGGAUGAUUUCCAUUGCAGGGCAGAUUGCAUUCUCGAGCAAUAUUCUUCCAGAGGUUCUGCGGGACGAAGACGAUGUGCCAUUCGACGAGGACCGGUUGCGCGUUGCACUGUCUCUCCUGGUUCGACUUGGUAUGGUAACACUACAAGAUGAGAACAACAGCUACUGGAUGCAUCCGUUGGUUCACACCUGGGUGCGACAGCGACCAGGCACCAGCACAGGUGAGCAGGCAAUCUGGUGCCGAGCUGCGGCCACUGUGCUAGUACAGUCUGUCUUCUUCAGAGCGCCGCGCGCCUACGCGGCUCGCAACGACAGAAUGCAAAGGCAGAUUCGUCUGCAUGUUGAGCAUGUGCUCAAGCUACAGGACAGCAUCAGCAGACGCAUUGCAGAAAACCAGGCUGUUCUCCGCCGACCUUGGCCAUUGUCCUGGUUGAUGCCUCGACCGAAAUUCAGAGCUUUCGAAGCCACCGAAUAUGCCAAAUUCAGUCUGGUGUACCUUCAGUGUGGCGAGUAUGCGAAAGCCGAGGAGCUCCAAUUGCGUGUCAAGGAUUACUUGUUCUCAACAGUUGGGCCUGUGUCGCAGUACGGCAUAGAAAUCGCUCUUUUGCUGUCGCAUAAUUACGUUUUACAGACGCGGAACAACGAAGCGAGAAAUUUGCAGCACGAGGUGCUAAAGUCUGCUCGACAAUACUACGGUAUGAAUCAUCCCAAGUCUUUGCAGGUCAUGGAUAAUCUUGGGGCAACCUGCUUGUUGUGCAGCCGACUCAGUGAGGCUCAAAAGCUGCAUGAAGAAGUGAUUCAAAACUUAACCAAACACGAAAACUUUGGUCCAGAGCAUGAGAGCACCUGGACAGCCGUGGACAAUCUUUCAAAGGUGAAGCUGCGUUAUUUCGACAAUGCAGAGGCCAUUAGAUUGCAACGACAAGCUUAUAUGGGGUUUGAACGAAUCUUGGGCCCUACACAUCAAAAGACUCUCGAGGCCAAAGACAACUUGGCGGGGAUAUACGGUUUCGAGGGCGAGCAUCAGCUCUCCCUCGCGCAGCAAAUGAGCGACGAGGUGCUGCAAGUCCGCAUCAAAGAUUUGGGACGCGAGCACCCGCUCACUCUAAAGUCCAUGUUGACGCUCGCAAAGAUCAAGACGGCUCUGAACCAAUUCGAAGAGGCAGAGGCUAUUUUCCUCGAGGGUCUACCGGCUGCGGAAAGGAACCUGGGAAAGAGUCAUCUCGGGACACUGACGGCUCGUAUAUGGCUUGCCCAUCUGUACUGGCGCCAAGGACGAUACUCGGAGGCUGCGGAUAUUUGGGAAGAUGUCAUUGAGAAGAGAAACUUUCAGCAGUCGAAGCGCGAAGACGGUGAGCAUGGCGACCGAGCUCAAGCAAUGUGGUUUCUCGUUCACUGCUACGAGGACCAAGGUAGAAUUGCCAAGGCCCUCGAGCUAUGCGAACAAUUGCAUGAGCUUUUGCGUGGAUUCGGCGGAGAUACACUGGCGCAACAACAUAAACUCUGGACAUAUGUAGAGGAAAAGACGGAAAUGCUCAGACGCUUGACGGCGGAACUUGACAUGAGCGGUGAUGGCGCUGACGAAGCAUUGACGCCACCAACAACAAGGCCAAGCUUGAUUCCGCCGAAGAAAAUAAUUGCAGAUUGUACAUAUUAA